GCUCCCGAGCGGGAGGGAGAUCCGCCGAGGAGUUACGGGAAAGUUGGUCCCGAGUUCCUGGAGUUUCCCUCUGUGGUGCCCCGGGCUCAGCCGGCCGGUGCCCCGGCUCCUCCUUUUCCUUCUGGCCUUCACAGUCCACCCAGUCCCAUUUUCUGUCACCGGCCACCAUGGAGCAGCCGCCGGCGCCCAAGAGUAAGUUAAAAAAACUGAGUGAAGACAGUUUGACUAAGCAGCCUGAAGAAGUCUUUGAUGUAUUAGAGAAGCUUGGAGAAGGGUCUUAUGGAAGUGUAUUUAAAGCAAUUCAUAAGGAAUCUGGUCAAGUUGUUGCAAUUAAACAAGUACCUGUUGAGUCAGAUCUUCAGGAAAUAAUCAAAGAGAUAUCCAUAAUGCAGCAAUGUGACAGCCCCUAUGUUGUAAAGUACUAUGGCAGUUACUUUAAGAACACAGACCUCUGGAUUGUUAUGGAAUACUGUGGAGCUGGCUCUGUCUCAGACAUAAUUAGAUUAAGAAACAAGACAUUGACAGAAGAUGAAAUUGCAACCAUUCUAAAGUCUACACUGAAGGGAUUAGAAUAUUUGCACUUUAUGAGAAAAAUACACAGAGAUAUAAAAGCUGGAAAUAUUCUCCUUAAUACAGAGGGACAUGCAAAACUGGCAGAUUUUGGAGUGGCUGGCCAAUUAACAGACACAAUGGCAAAACGUAAUACUGUAAUAGGAACUCCAUUUUGGAUGGCUCCUGAGGUAAUUCAAGAAAUAGGCUAUAACUGCGUGGCUGACAUCUGGUCCCUUGGCAUUACUUCUAUAGAAAUGGCUGAAGGAAAACCUCCUUAUGCUGAUAUACAUCCAAUGAGGGCUAUUUUUAUGAUCCCCACAAAUCCACCACCAACAUUCAGGAAACCUGAGCUUUGGUCUGAUGAUUUCACUGAUUUUGUUAAAAAGUGCUUAGUGAAGAAUCCUGAGCAGAGAGCAACUGCAACACAACUUUUACAGCAUCCUUUUAUUAAGAAUGCAAAACCUGUGUCAAUAUUAAGAGACCUGAUCACAGAAGCUAUGGAGCUCAAAGCUAAAAGACACGAAGAACAGCAGCGAGAAUUGGAAGAGGAAGAAGAAAAUUCGGAUGAAGACGAGCUAGAUUCACACACCAUGGUAAAGACCAGUUCAGAAAGCGUGGGCACAAUGCGGGCCACAAGCACAAUGAGUGAAGGGGCCCAGACCAUGAUUGAACAUAGCAGCACAAUGCUAGAAUCUGACUUGGGGACCAUGGUUAUAAACAGCGAGGAUGAGGAAGAAGAAGACGGAACUAUGAAAAGAAACGCAACUUCACCACAAGUACAAAGACCAUCUUUCAUGGACUACUUUGAUAAGCAGGACUUCAAAAAUAAGAGUCAUGAAACCGGUAAUCAGAACAUGCAUGAACCCUUCCCUCUGACAAAAAAUGUUUUCCUGAUAAUUGGAAAGUUCCUCAGGAUGGAGACUUUGACUUUGUAAGUACAUUUUAAUUCUUCCAUUUAUAUUUCCUCCUUCUGUAUUUUUUAUCAUAUUGAGAUACAUAGUUCUUAGAUACGAAUUGUGUGUGUUAAAAUUAUAGGCUGUAUAUCAAUAUUCAGUAUGUAGACAUACUUAUGCGGGGGAUGGUGAAGUUGUAGUCUGCUCGUAGAAAUGUUCUGAUAGAGGCGUGUAAAUACUUGCUUGCAGUUAAAUAAAUCAGAGCUUAAAUUUAGAGGAGUAUUUAGGACUACUCCUAAAAAGUAAAAUGGUAACUCCUUCAAAAGAUAUUUUUAAUAAUGCAAAUAUGAGAUAUUUCUGACAGUAAACUCAGUUACCAAAAUAAAUUGUGCAAAGGUAAGCCAACCUUUGACAGAGACUUGCACAUAGAAUAUGUCGUGACAUAGACUUUGAUAAAUUAUUUUUAACUUUGAAAGUUAACUGAAUUAGU